AUGUUUGAACAUUCCAGGAGACGUCACGAAGACGACGAAACUGAUGUUGGAAAUGCCCUUGUCAGUGAUGCCAGUGAAGAGGAGGCAUCCACACCCAACAUUCUCACGCCAUGUGGAGAAAAGCAACCCGAUAGCGGCAGAAAAGGGCUGUCAUCCAAAGGAUCACAAUUAUUGAGUGUGUUUUCUGCUUCGCACAAGUACAGGCAACAUUCGUGUGUGAGAAAAAAUUCCAAAUCCCACGGAGGCGCGACCUUGGCAUACCUCAAGACCGAAGCUUCUUCUUCUAAGUCUCUUGGGGCGCAAGGCCUGGUUUCGUGUGGAUCGGUUCCUAUCCUCGACCCUAAGGUGGGCCCGGAUUCUGUACUGAGCCUUGGAAUGCCCCUAACGUCGUCGGAGGCGCUCCGUGAAGCUCCUUCUUACACUACAACGAAAUCUGAGGUAACAUCCACCGCCACCAGGGCUGCUCUUCCAUCGGAGCCGAUGAACAUCAUACACCCGGUCGUUUGGUUUCUUUCUUCAAUUCAGCUUCAAGGAUACGCCGGGGAAUUUCUUCAUCGGCAUCAAAUUCGAUCCAUGCAAGGGCUCGUAGAGCGGGUUCGUUGUGAAAAGGACGCCAAGGUCAUCCUUGGUGAACAUGCCUCCCGGCAUCACCAACUCAUCUUCUGGAAGGGCUUUCAAAAGUGGCUCCGAGGAGCCAGGAACGACGCGAAGUGGCAAGGCAAACAUCGGAAGACGAAACGGAUCUCAAAUAACCGUCCUCUUGGGCGGAAUAAUGGGGAAUCGUCCGGACCCUCAAGUGUUAAAGUUCCUCGGACGGAGAAGGUCUGUCCUGUUCGGCAGGAUUCUCCUGUGUCACGUGCUGUGGAGACUCACGGGAGUAGCUCUCUUGAGCUCACCCUGUCACAGCUGUGUGAUACACUGCUCUGGGGAGGGCGCCCCGACCCCAAUGGUGCCUCUGAAUUGGAAAAAGGAUUGAACGGUGGAAGCCUUCGCGGCGUCCGAGAGGGCAGGGGUUCCGAUACUCCCUUUGGUUCACCAAACGUCCGUCGUGUGGGCCCAUCGGUGACUCUAGCUAAGGGAAGCCCCCUGAUGGAGCGGAUCAUUCCUCGAGGUAAAUGGCAAGAGGGCCUCAGCAAUUUCAACAGCGAAUAUCACGGCAGUGGUAGAGCGGAUCUCCAUGGGACCUUGCCUGACUCUCAACGGAUGUUGUCCCCAAAUACGAUAUCAGUGGAAGCCAUCGACGCAGAUGCGGAAGAGUUGGAGGAGAAUGAGGCAAGUAAGAUUCGCACACAAGUGAAAGAUGACGACAUGGAGGUUGCACAAGCCUCGAAGGCAUUGUGCGGUACGGAAUUGUGGGGAGCGGCGGGGCCGUGGCCGCAUUCGACGCACCCGAAUCCAUCUUACUCAGAUCCCGUUCUCCAUCCUGUUGCGAUGAUUUCUCAUUUUGGUGCGUUUCACAAGUCAGUAGGGAGUGGGCGAAUCCAAGGCGUCAAAUCGGACAUCGAUACUGUGCAACCAGAGCAAGAAGACGGAGCAGUAGAAAAUUCUGACGGAGUGGAUUCGGACUGGAGUAGCAUUGUACAAUCAUUAAAGGAUGAUAAGUUGAGUCUCACAAAUGUUGCCCCAUAUAGGGAUCUGGUCGAACUUUAUCAGAUCAACUCCAGAUGGGGCAACACUGAGGGGGGCAGAGGAAGCGUGUUUGUGCAGAACCUUCUUGCUUCCGAACAGGGGGCUAUUCUCCUGGAUACUGAGAGGAACAUAGCUUUGAGUGAUCUUGUGAACUGCAGCCCAUUUUCAUCUACUUGGAAGGAUGAAAGCGACUUCUACCUAACCCAGGAAGCAGAUCAGACAGCAGAUUGUGGUAGCUUCAGAAGCAGCGAUCGUAUUGUGUCCUGGGAUAAUAUCGCCUCCCAUUCUUACCGAGGGGUUGAAAAUGUAACCCCUGUGGUUCUUGACAUUCAGCAUUCCAUGUCACCUAGGAAUUUAUCUCCAAGCAUAAGGGGAUCUUCACAGAAAGAAGAAAAGUGUGAUAUAAAUAAGACAGAUUCACAGCCUCCUACUUCUCAGACGGAUAUAAAGUAUGCCAACUUCAUGACGAGUCCUGACAUCCCAAAGAUUCCUUGCGUAGGUAGGGCAGGCUUGUUACAGGAUGUAGAAGAGGUCAUCAAAGCUGAAGUACCAUCAACCAUCCAGCCACUUCCGUACAUAAUAGGGAAAAAUACAUUGGAAGAUCUAGAAAUAGGUGCCUAUCUGAGUGAUUCCAAGCAACCACAAGCGGCCCUUAUUCUGGGAGAUAGAAUGGGGUGUUUAGGAAACAGCGAAAUACGUCAUGAUAAUACCAUACAGCAUAAGCGAAGCAAAUCAUCUUCUACAUCUCUGGCCGAUCGUGGCUUCGGGUAUACUUCUCCAAGGCAUGGCGUAGGGGAGGAGUGUGUGUUCGACGAUUUUAUUCCUUUCGUAUCUCAAGUCCACAACCUAGGAGAGCGGUGGGAUGGAUGCGCUAGAGGUGAAAAAGAUGAUUCAAUUGAGUUGGAAACUGGAAUGAAUAUUUUCCUUCCGGGAGGGAGCCUUUCUACGAGUCCUAAACCUUCUACAGCCGUAAUUCAGGAAAUUCUAAAUGAACCCGACGUUUCACAUUUUACAUCGCAUGAUAUGGAAUAUGUUUCUAGACAGACUGGAAAUCAUUGUAUCAAUGGCCUGCCCGUUUUAUCGCCUGAUUGUACGGCUGCAUCUAUGGAUGAUUUCGCUAACACAGCGAGUUUUGGAUUAAACAGAAGUGUUGAGCUUGUUCCUCUUUCGAAGGAGGAAGCCGCAAAAUCCGCGGAAAUCUUAUUUCAAUCGAGCAAAACAAGAAAUACUGCUUGUACCGGGGCUAAAGUUGAUGGAUCACUUAGGGAAAAUGAGGUUUGUAAUCGCGAGUCCCCCGGGAUGACCUUCAAAGAAGGAAGUCUAGACGCUGUCACCAAUAUCGUCGAGGAUGACUGUUGGGGACAGUUCGGGCUUCAGGCUAUUCAGACUGCGAUGGAUGAGACACAUUCCGGGCUGCCGGAAAAUCCCUCCACGGAAGGGCUCUAUAGACUCGCGGAGAUCUCUCCGUCAGCCACGCCUCCUUGUGGCAACCCAACUUCCACAAACUGCCCGUACCGUGUGGAAUGUCCUCGAGAAGGGUCCACACGUGACUGUGUUUAUAUCACCAUUAUCUCCGAUAGCGAGCCUCGUGAGGAGGGCGCCGGUACGCCGGACCGGCCUGACGACCUGGUGAAAUCCCCGUCUCGCGUGAAUGAAGCCAACAGACGGGGUAGUCUUUCCACGCCCCCUCAAUGCUUAAAUACAAGUCCUACCGCUCCCUGGGCGGGCAAUCCUGCCUUUUCAAACUCUCUCUGCGGGCGAUCCGGCCAACCCGACGGAGCUGCAUCGACGACCCUCGCACUUCAGGAGCUUGUCGCUGCCUACCUCGACGACCCCUCCUUGGCGCAGUUAACUCUGGCGGAUUUGCGAAUGUGGUGCGCUCGGUUAGGGCUUCUGGAUCACGUCGAGCAGCAUUGGUUGAUACCCUUUUCCACUCUCGGUUCGCCCUGUCCAACUCCUUUAGAGAAGGAGGACUGCAAUGCGAACAGGUUGAUAGACAACACAUCACCUUUACCAAAGAAAAAUGGAUUGGAAGUCCCAACAUCCACAUCUUGGGAGAUGAUUGAGGCGGAUGAGCUACGGGCCCGACUACGUCUUUUGGCUGUUCGUGGAUACUUUUACCAUGAGGUUGUGCCAGAGUGCUUGCACCGAGUGGAGCGGAUAUCGGGGUUGCCGUAUAAGCUUUUACGCACGUCAGACUUGAUUGCCCAACAGGAAAGAUACUUGUUAACACACGAAGACCUAGAGUGUGCUCGACAGCAAGCUAAAGAGGUACUACAGGAAGAAAACGAGAGAUGCAUUGUCGCGUCAUUGUCAGGGCAUGCUAUAUCAUGUCUUGAACAGCGAGUGGUUCAAUAUUCAAACUCCAAGAGCACUGAGCUAGACCUUUGCGACAGGGGGUUAUCUACCCCUUUUCCAUCCUUUUUCAAGUCAGAUCUUUGUGCUGCAGAGGAUUCAGAUAACCUUUCAUUAUAUGAAAGAGCGUUGAUAUUAGAACCGAUCGACGCGGAGGCCAUGACUGCUGUGGUUAGGAAAGAUUUUCCCUUUAUAUCACACACUCGUGUUCAACAAAUGCUAAACGAGUGUGAUGUUCCGCUUCAGGCGGUGCGUCAGCCUUCUCACGCCCAGUCUGUUUCCUCAGAUUUGAAUACACCUACCUGCAGUCCUGGUUUCUAUAUCCAUGGACAACCGCGUAGCCAAGUUAUGCACAAUGAGGACGCGAUAAAAGGGAUUGAUGGGGAUCGGAAGGAUAGUUCGCCCUUGUUAACCGCACCGCCUGUAGAAAAUUCUUCGGUAUUGUUCGCAUCGCCACAGCCUAUCGUAAACAGGAUACCAACGCAUGAACUAAAUUCUUUAUUUUCAGCAUCUCCGACGCCACUGCAAGUAUCCAAAGGGCAGAAACGGAGGGAGAACACGCGCCGGUUUUUCUCCUCGCGUGGGAUAUGGCGUGGCCGAGGAGGGAUGCAUAUCCGCCGAUAA